GUAAGAAUCAGUGAAGUGAACGAGUGUAUUUGAAGUGACAACGCCAUAAUGUUUACGCGAAUUGCCAUUUUUAUUGUCUCCGUUUGCAGUUUCAAUUCUGGAGAUGGCGCUUAUUCAAGAUCUGACAAAAUAGUGUACCCGGGACCUACAGUAAACAGCAGACAAGGCUAUGAACCUCCUAUUGUACCAGAGAGCUGCAAGAACCUCACUUAUUGCUUUGAGCCGCCCUCUAAUUAUCCCCAGGAAAGGUACAACAAGAUGUUUGAAGGAAAGAAAGUAGCACCGCUUCCGUCAAUAGUGGAGACGGAAGUGGUCAAUCGUCUGGCUGACGAUGAUUACAACGAUGACUGCAAUGCUGAAGUUCGGAGCGACCGGCUGUACAGCAUUAAGACUAAGGAGGGUGACUGGCGGCACAUUAUCCAAGCGCCAACGGAAAACUUCCAACAAAGAGUUAGGAUAGAAGUUUGCACCGCAUUAGAAACAUCAUGCUUCAAGGAUUUCCCUAGUUUCGGUGGUAUCACAACGUUUUGCCGGCAGAAACAAGCCAAGUACGAGUUUGUGGUGGACGACGGGAUGGGUGGGUCUGCGAAAAUGGAAACCGAAUUGCCCUCGUGUUGUGUUUGCCAUUACAAAGCCCCUGUUUAAGAUAAUUUGAUAUGAAUAUUAAUAAAUUAAACGUUUUUGUGUGUAUAACAUUGCGUUAUUUAUUUUAAGUGUAGAUUUACUAAAUGGGUGUCGUGCGGUUUACAGCACUUUAGAAUAGAACAACUAGAUAUCUUUACCAUGGAUGUGGUAAAAAUCAAAAGAUAUGACAAUUGUAUUAAGUGAUGUUUCAAAAGUCUCAUAAUAAUGAACAAAAAUUUUGAAAUUUUAAUUAAAUGAAUAACUAAUGCUUACUAACAUCGUGAGGAAACCUACACAUUCAAUUGGAGGUACCAUGAUCGAUCCGAUACGGGUUAGGUUUACCUGAUGGGAGUCGCCUCUUGAAAAAUCUGACUCACCCAAUCCAGAGUCCAUAGUCAAAGGCAUACCCCGGGCUCCUCAUCAUGGCGGGACUAAAGCCAGGUGGAAGAAGAGAAAAGAAGCAAUACAUAAUUGUGUUAACAUAAGAAGGAAAAUCAAAGCUGUGUAAUAGUGCCGUGCGGUUCCUGGAACUAAAAGAAAAAGAAUAGGUAGGACGGCUAACCCUAUCAGUAUUUGAAUCUCAAAUUAAAGC